UAUUGUAAACACGGAAGUCUUACUUCACUCCUCAUGUGCUGAUGGCAUAUUUUGCCAACUAUCUAUCUUCUGAAGUAUUUUAAAGCGUUUCGAGACUCAACAUUAACAACCCCGUGUUCAUCAGCGUGUCUCUGCUUACUGGAAAAUACACCGCGUUAUUCAGCAAACGUAUUUUUGCUGUUGGGAAAUGCAAUGCAGCUACUGUUAGCAAGACAGCCUGUUAGCUUAGCUUUGUGACAUGGCAGCUAAAGCAGAGAAAACGUUUACUUUUUUGGUCGUGGGAGGUGGAAUCGCGGGUGUGACAUGUGUCGAACAGCUGUCAUUCCAGAUCCCGUCAGCUGAGGUGGCUCUGAUUACAGCAGGUCCCCACAUCAAGGCAGUGACCAACUAUAAACAGGUGUCAAAGACUCUGGAAGAGUUUGACGUCGAGGAGCGACCGUCCAGUGUUUUGGAGGAGAAAUUCCCCAACCUUACUGUUAUUCACUCUGCUGUCAAAUCCCUUCACACGCAGUCACAUUCUGUGGAAACUGCAGACGGACGGGUUUUUGGUUAUGAGAAGCUGUGUAUCUGCAGUGGAGGGAGACCUAAGCUCCUAACUCAGGACAACCCUUAUGUCCUGGGGAUACGAGACACAGACAGUGCUCAGGAGUUCCAAAAGUUGUUAUCAAAAGCAAAGAGAAUUGUUGUUGUUGGAAAUGGUGGCAUUGCCUUGGAACUCGUAUAUGAGGUGGAAGGCUGCGAGGUGAUCUGGGCUGUGAAGGACAAGGCCAUAGGAAAUACAUUUUUUGAUGCAGGAGCGGCUCAGUUUCUCAUUCCAUCCCUUGAGGCAGGCAAACCAGAGAAAGCUUUUCCCUGCAAGAGGCCGCGCUACACCACAGAGGAGCCAGCAGGUGGAGCAUUACAGACCUUCACUGCAGAUGGACAUUUGCGAGGGAAAAGUACUGGUCCUCCAGAACCUGGCAGUGCUCUUGGCCCAGAUUGGCAUGAAGGAAUAGCUCUCAGAGGAGCAGAACAAGUGUCCCGCAAAGUUUCAGUGGAAUACCAGUGUGAGGUGGAAAAGAUUUUUACCUCUGAGGAGCUGCUCAAUUCCCAACAGCAAACACUCACACCUGAGAACACCCUGUGUCUGUCUUUCUUCUCAGAUGGGUCCUGGCCAGUUUAUGUCCAGCUGACCAAUGGCAAGACAUUUGGCUGUGAUUUUGUUGUCAGUGCCACCGGUGUCGUGCCAAACACUGAGCCAUUUCUCCAAGGCAAUAAAUUUGCAAUUGCAGAUGAUGCCGGGCUGCAGGUAAAUGACUACAUGAUGACAUCAGAGCCAAAUGUCUAUGCUGCCGGAGAUGUUUGCACAGCUGGCUGGGAACACAGUGAACUCUGGCAGCAGAUGCGUUUGUGGACUCAGGCCCGUCAGAUGGGCUGGUACGCUGGCCGCUGCAUGGCUGCACAUGUCCUGUCAGAACCAAUAGAACUGGACUUCUGCUUCGAGCUCUUCUCACACAUUACAAAAUUCUUCAACUACAAGGUGGUCCUGCUGGGAAAGUUUAAUGGGCAGGGGCUUGGCACUGACCAUGAGCUCCUGGUGCGCUGCACCAAAGGCCAGGAGUAUGUCAAGGUUGUCCUCCGUGGAGGAAGGAUGGUGGGUGCCGUGCUGAUCGGUGAGACAGACCUGGAGGAGACCUUUGAGAACCUUAUCCUUAACCAGAUGGAUCUGACCCCGUAUGGAGAGGAGCUACUCAACCCUGACGUGGAUAUAGAGGACUAUUUUGACUGAGUACCAGGACUAUGGUUGAGACUGGAGAAUACUGAACACUUCAUUCCAUCAGUCAGGCACUGAUGAACAUAUCAUGCCUUAGAAAUAUAUAAAGUAAAUUGGAGGAUUUCAGCAUUCUAUAAUUGCUGUUAUGGCAAUGAAAGGAAGAUAAGGAGAGAUUACUAAUGCACCUGUAAAUUUAAAAACUACAUUUGUAUUUAUUUAUUUUCAAAAACAGGUACUUUAUACUUGACUGAGAACCAUUCAACAGUAUGAAACAGUGGCCUGAAUAUGAAAUACAAUAAGACUCUUUUAAAAUGUCCCUCUGUUUUGAUAGGUGAACACUUCUCUGUAGAAGAAUGGGGUAUGGUCAACAAUACUCGCUUGUAAAAAAAAUAAAAAAAGAGAGACAAUC